AUGAUGCAGGGUCGCACACACUUAUAUGAAGGAUAUACAGUUGGCGAGGUUGGUUUGGUUUCUGUAUUUAAAAUAUUGUUGGUUAAAAAAGGCACUUAAGUUCAUGAAAACUGAUUUUUCAGUUUUUUCAUAAUUUUACUGGCUUAAAGACCUGAGCAGCAAGAGUCAGUUCCCAUCCAGAAAGAAAAAAAUAUGUGAUCACACUUGUAGUAACAUGUGUGAUUCAAAGUGUGAUCUCAGAUGUGAUCCCAGGAGUUUUUUUUUUUGGUCUUUCCAACUUCCUGUUACUUCAAUUUUAUUUCUUCUACCCUUGUUAAGUUAACCUGUUAACUGUACCCCCCCCCCCCAAAAAAUAAAUGAAUAAAACAAUGUUGUACUGUGAUUCCAUGAAUCUUUAGCUACAUAAGGCAACAUUGAACUGCAGGGAAGGGGGGGGGGUCUUGUCAAUGAUUAAGAGUGUGGUAGAUACAGGAGUGUCAUUAUUCACAAACAUGACCAAUUUUGAUGCACAUUGUAGAUAAUUAGACAAUAUGAUAAGAGGAUCCCUUAUUGUUGACAUAACUGAUCAUCAAGAUGAUGUUAUUUGUUCUGUAUCACAGAUCACUCUUCCAGUUCGUGUGAUGAUCCACUUGGGUAUCAAAACUUUGAUUGUCACUAAUGCUGCUGGAGGACUUAACAGAAGUUACAAUGUUGGUGAUAUUAUGGUUAUCAAGGACCAUAUUAAUCUUGCUGGACUUACAGGGGAAAGUCCAUUGAGAGGUGUUAAUGAUGACCGGUAUGUUACCUUAAAUUUUGUAACCUAUAUUCUUUGUAGUAAAUGUAUGUAUCAAUGUUUUGGGUAAUUAAAUAAUACAGAUAUGUGAUCUUUUCAUUAGUUUUGGUCCAAGAUUUCCAGCCCUCUCUGAUGCAUAUGACCGAUCCCUUGUUAAAACUGCUAUCGAUACAGCCGCUCACUUGGGCUAUUCAACAUUCAUGCAGGAAGGAGUUUACUGUGCACAAGUUGGGCCAGCUUUUGAGACCCCUGCAGAAUGUAGAUUCUUAAGCAUGGUGAGAUAACAUUUUGAUCACUUGUUCUGUAAAGUAGACAUCAUCACUUAAUUGUUGUGAAUAAUUGCAGGGAAAGUAUUCCCACAAUAUUUUACAGAAUACUGUACCUCAUGGAUAUUUGAAGUAAAGGAACAACAAAUGAGGGGAUUUGAUAUGCAAUUUUGCGGCAUUAACAUGGCCUUCCAAGUCUGGGAAGAACAUGGAUAUUAUUUAAGAUAUUGGAAUGACUGUUAAAUAUUAGAGAUCAGUCAGCAAAUAGACUUUUAUUUCUGGCAAGUGCAAUUAAAGGUUGCCAAGUGGCAGUGAUGAAAAAAGGUUGGAGCCAUGUAUUGGAGAGCAGAACCAUUGGAAUCCCUGAUUACAUUUCACUCUCAGCUGUACUUGUUGUUUCCCCAAACCACCAUUAACCAAAAUGUGUUUGUCAGGUUGGGGCAGAUGCUGUUGGAAUGAGCACAGUGCACGAAGUGGUGGUGGCAAGGCAUGCUGGGAUAAAAGUCUUAGGCAUCUCUUUAAUAACAAAUGUUGCUGUCAUGGGUUAUGAUGACAAUGUCAGUGCUGCCAACCAUCAAGAAGUGCUGGAAACUGGAAAGAAAAGAUCUGCUAACAUGCAGAAUCUGGUCUCCACCAUUGUUGGUAAAAUUUAAUUUGUCUAAUGGUUUGGAAUAUGGUGGCGCAAGCAAACAAGAAUAUAAUUUUUAUGAUGUAAUAAGACAAUUCCUUGCACCCCUAUGGAUACAGCCUAAUUAUAAAGUAAAUAUUUGAUCAAGUCAUCCUCAUAAAGAGUUUGUUUCCUAUUGCCCCAUAACUUUCUAACGGCUCUUUUAUGAAACUAUACAAUACGCAAAGUUAACUUUUAUUUUAGAUGAUAACAGGGAAAAAAUAUCUCAAAUCAACCUUGAAUAAAGAGAACGGGGGGAAACAGAUCCUUGGGUGGAGUUAAAAAGUUGUGUGUAUCCCAAAACUGUGGAAAAAAUAGAUCACAGGAAUAAGCAUGGCAAAGUUCUCUUCCAACCCAAAUCACUCCCCACCCCCCUCCCUCACCCCCUCACUUCAUCAGCCCCUGGGUGGGUGUUCUUUUCCUUUUAAGCUACUUUCUCAAGAGGAAAGGAGAUUGGAGGAGAAACUUUUUAUGGUGAUGACCUUAAUGAUAAUAGAAUGCUUGGGAUAUCUAAUUAAAGAACAACAUGUGAUCCCUCUUAAUUUCAGUAUUUUGGGGGUGAUAUUUACUAAUUAUUAAUUUGUGUGCAAUACUAUUAAUUUUUCCUCUCGGUUUUUUUGUAAAAGUUAUUUCAUGAGGAGCAUAGAAUAUAGGCAUUUUGAGCCAGAUAUGUCAUGGUGGAUCAAAUGUCCCUGAAGUGUUUGCCUCCUAAAAUAGGCAUCUCUCAAAAAACCACUCUAAAGGAAAUAAGAAUAGCAAAUAAAGAUAUAGUAAUUUUAAUUUACAUUAAUUUGAAAUGGCAUGGAGUGAAAUCUGGGAGAAACAAAACUCAUUAUUUUCUGAUAGCCAUAUUUUUUUCUGUCAAGACCAAAAAAAAUUAAUAAUGUGUGAGAACUAUCUUAUUUGUAACUUUGUCUGUAGUAUGCAGUAUGGUAAGAAGUGAGUGAGUAAAUGGUAUCAUGUGAUGUCAAUUUGAAGAUUCAACCUCCCAAAAUGCCCAGAAGGUUGCUCAGAAGGGGGAAGUUGAAGUUGAAUUGACUGACGCAUCAUUCAUUUUUUUUCUGAUGUAGACUUCCGUAAACCUUAACAACAGAGAACUGUUAGCUUGCAACCUUUGUUUGGUAGUUCCAUAUUUGUUUCAGGCUGUAAUAUGUUUUCUAAUUGUUGGGAAUAUUAUAAUAAUUGUAAUUCUGUGCUGAAUUUUCCAAAGAACUACAUCAGAUGCAUUAAUUCCACAUUCAAGCUGAAUUCUUUGGUGCAUAUUUCAAUUUGUUUAGUUUUUUUAAGUGUUCCCAAAAUCCAAAGGAAACUUCUUCCAAUUACAUAGAACUUUGAUUAUUAUAAUUAAGAUGAUUGUUGAGAUGCUGUUCACGUAUUCUGAUUGAUUGGGCAUAACAUCAUUGAGCAGUUUUCAAUUGAUGUCUCUAAAGGAGAAAAUGAAGGAAAACGCAGUUGCUAUUGGUGUCUGUUUCACAACUAUAUGUACUCUUUCACAUUUCUCUCUUUCAGGAAAUUAACAUUUCCUUCAUAUUUAAUGGUUUGAAAAUAUUAAUUUGAGGUAUUUACUGAGGUAUGUUAUGAGAAAAUUGCAUUACGUAAUACGCCAUAAAGAACAGUUGGAUAUAAUAUUAAUAACAGUUUGUUUUAAUAGUGCUGUU